CAUUGGAACGGUACAGUGGCUGCAUUCACUCGCCGCCGUUGCUCAACAAGUUAACGCUUGGAAUAAUCAAAUGAUGUCACAUCCGCUGUUAAGCUCGCCUUGGUAGUGUUGGAUGCUCUCACGCGCUGUCUGCUGAACCCUCAUGCGCGUGCGGUCGUAACUUUGGGCAGCGCGCGCUCAGUAUUGGCUGCACGCGGGAACUCGCGCGGUGGAGCUGCACGGUAAUGAAUGUGUAUCAAUCCGCCCUGUUCUUUUCUGGCAUCAUCUGCCACACCGAGGAAGUGAUAUUAACGCCAGAAAAGUGCGAUAGAGACGUGACAGCAUGAUCCUUCUGUUCGGUGCAUUAAAGCCCCUGCUUUUCCUCAUUGUCUUCGGACUGUAUCCAUCCAUGACAAUUGGUCCCAAGAAAGGAUGGCAGGUGUAUAGUUCGGCACAGGAUGCAGACGGACGCUGUAUCUGCACAGUGGUCGCACCGGAACAAAACCUCUGCUCCAGGGAUGCCAAGAGCAGACAGCUCCGACAGCUGCUGGAGAAGGUGCAGAACAUGUCUCAGUCCAUCGAAGUCCUGAAUCUGCGCACGCAGCGCGAUUUCCAGUAUGUCAUGAAAAUGGAAAAUCAAAUGAAAGGGUUACGGACCAAGUUCCGGCAAAUUGAAGAAGACAGGAAAACGAUAAUGGCUAGAAACUUUAAGGAGCUGAACGAUCGUAUGGAUGAACUCCAGCCAUUGAUUCCUGUGCUGGAGCAGUACAAAACAGAUGCUAAGCUGAUCUCUCAGUUCAAAGAGGAAAUCAGGAAUCUUUCUGCUGUGCUGACGGGCAUCCAGGAAGAGCUGGGAGCUUAUGACUAUGAGCAGCUCUAUCAGAGAGUCCUCAGCCUGGAUAGCCGUCUACGAAACUGCAUGAGCAAACUCACAUGUGGGAAAUUAAUGAAAAUCACCGGCCCUGUGACGAUAAAGACAUCUGGGACGCGGUUUGGCGCAUGGAUGACCGACCCUCUAGCAUCUCCAAGAAAUAACCGGAUUUGGUAUAUGGACACUUACACCAACAGCAAGGUGGUUCGAGAGUAUAAAAGUAUUGAAGACUUCAUCUCCGGUCAGGAAUCGCGAACCUAUUACCUUCCCUUUAAAUGGGCUGGAACCAACCAUGUGGUCUAUAACGGCUCUCUGUACUACAACAAGGAGCAGAGCAACAUCAUCGUCAAAUACAGCUUCGAGACCGGACGGGUUCUUGCCCAGCGUGCCCUGGAGUACGCCGGCUUCCACAACGUCUACCCCUACACCUGGGGAGGCUUCUCGGACAUCGACCUGAUGGCGGACGAGCUGGGUUUGUGGGCUGUAUACGCCACCAAUCAGAAUGCAGGAAACAUUGUGAUUUCUCAGUUAGAACCGCAGACGCUGGAGGUUCUCCAGACGUGGAACACGGAAUACUCCAAAAGGAACGCAGGAGACUCUUUCAUGAUCUGCGGCACGCUGUACAUCACCAAUUCCCAUCUGACCGGAGCCAAGGUGUAUUAUUCCUACAACACAAAGACCUCGACGUAUGAGUACAUGGACAUCCCAUUCCACAACCAGUACUUUCACAUUUCCAUGCUUGACUACAACGCUCAAGAACGGGCGCUUUACGCCUGGAACAAUGGACAUCAGGUCAUUUUCAACGUCACGCUUUUCCAUGUCAUCAAAACCGAAGAUGAUUCCUAAUGGACAUACAGUAUGGAUAAACGAAAGUAUUGUUAUUUUCUACGCACUCAUGGUUCUU